AUGGAAAAGAUGACCCAGAUGUUCCAAUCGCUGAAACAAUACGACAUUGUGUAUCAUCGAGGUGUACAUUCCCCGACUACCCAGGACUUUGCCGUCGAGGUCGUGGCCGUUAUUCUCCCACCAACGGGAAAUGACUUUGCAUUCUCAAAGAACAAUGUUGACAUGACUGGGAGACUUGCAGCCGGCGCCCUCGAUGACUUUGGUGCCUUCGUGAGAUCAUUUGUGUCGACGGUCCCAUAUGACCAUGCAACAUUUGUUACUGGAUAUGACCUUGUGCUGGGUGAUGCUGAUCUUUUAGGCUACUCGUAUGCAGAUACCAUGUGCAAACAGUCAUCCUUCUCUUCCGGGUACCACACGUCCGUCAUAGAGUUCACGUCCACUAUCUCUCGAACAUGGGCGCAUGAACUCGGACAUGGAUUGGGAAUGCUACACGACCAGGAUGUUGGUUGCGGCGACCAGACCUACAUUAUGUCUGCAGGUUCCAUCAGUCAACUGUCUGACACGGCCGCAUAUUCGAAGACAUUUUCUGCUUGCUCAUAUCUGAGUUUACAGAGGUACACGAAUCGGACCACCACCACCAACAACAACAUCAACAACUAUCAUACCGACUUCAACAUCAACUCCAACAACAGCGUCAGUACAAACAACUAUAACUCCAACUGCGACAACAGCAACAUCAAUACAAACAACUAUAACUCCAACUGUGACAACAGCAACAUCAAUACAAACAACUAUAACUCCAAGUGCGACAACAGCAACUUCAAUACAAACAACUAUAACUCCAACUGCGACAACAGCAACAUCAGUACAAACAACUACAACUCCAACUGA